AUGGCGCACGGUUCUGCCUGCGUCCGCGCCCCUACGCUACGCCACCUCCUCCUCCUCCUCUCCCCCUCACUGCGCCGCCACCUCCUCGGUUCCGUGCGUCCGCUGCGCCGCCACCUCCUCCUCCUCCUCUCCCACACGAAUUCGACCUCCAGCUCGAGCACGACAUCGACCACACCGGAAAAGUACGCCCCCUCACUGCGCUGCCACCUCCUCGGUUCCGCGCGUCCGCUACGCCGCCACCUCCUCCUCCUCGUCUCCCCCACGAAUCCGACCUCCAGCUCGAGCACGGCAUCGACCACACCGGAAAAGUAUGCCAGCGACUCCGACCUACACCUCGAGCGCAUCAACGUCUACUACAACGAGGCCAGCGGCGACCGCUUCGCCCCGCGCGCCGUCCUCAUGGACCUCGAGCCCGGCACCAUGGACUCCGUGCACUCGGGCCCCUUCGGCCAGAUCUUUCGCCCCGACAAUUUCGUCUUCGGCCAGUCCGGCGCCGGCAACAACUUGGCCAAGGGCCACUACACCGAGGGCACCGAGCUCAUCGACUUCGUGCUCGACGUCGUGCACAAGGAGGCCGAGAACUGCGACUGCCUCCCGAAAUCGGCCGCCGCGGCGCCGCACGCCACGACUCCUGCCCCAGCCCACCUCCCUACAGCAGCUGCAGCUCCCUCCGGCCUCCGGUGGUCUGGCACGCCGCCUCCUCGCCCAGAUCCGUCCGUGGUCCGCCCCUCCGGCCUCGCCCAAAAUCAGAGCCGCCCUUCCAUCUACGCUCUCGAUUGGAUCCCUCCCUCGCGCGCUCUCCGCGUCUCCAAGUGAUCUCCUUCCACCUUUGUUGCCCGCUGCAACCUGGCGAGGCGCCACCCCUCGCGGUGGCAGAACUCCAUAGCGAGGCGCGCGCGUUGGGCUUCACGGCAUGCGGCGACGC